ACUCCUCAGUCCCUAGCUAGGCUGCCAAAUGAGAAGAGGGAAGAAGUCUACCAUGGUUCGGCGCUACCACCUGACCCUCCUCUCCGUCUUCUCCUUCCUGCUCCUCACCGGCCUUUUGGCUGCUCAUCAGUCCCGAGGGAAGAAAGCCGGGAAGAUAGUGACCCUGACCGUCCUGUACCCGGCCGCGGGCUCACCGCCAGGGGAGAAGAUCAAGAUCUCAGCGCAUUACGUUGACGAGCACGGGGCCCGCGAGCGCCACUUCAACCUCGACUGCGACGACGACGAGCCCCUCGGUUUCGGCAUGAAGUACCUUCUCUCGACCCUGGAGGGGAUACGAGAUGCGCGAGAGUCUCGAUCCGAGGUAACUAACGUAGAGAUUGCCCCACCAUGUUCGUGUUCUUGCUGAUUUCAGAACGCAAUGUGAAGUGCUGACCCUGACCUUUGC